AUGCUAAGAACCCUUAGCACGAGAGCAAGAAGCCGUCGCAGUGGAUACGAGCGUGUAGGUGAUGAAUCCACCUCAAGUUUUCUAGGAGCAAAGCUUAGAAGGUCGACGAGCGUUCCAUACUAUGCUGCAUCGAUAAGGCUUGGUGGAGGUUCACCGGCGAUCUUGGAAGAACUUCCAAGCCAAAAGUCAAAGCAGACGGUGGUGACAAGCAAAUUGAGCCAUCCGAUCUUUAGUUUGUUCUGCCGUAGCAAGAAGAAAGCAACGGCUAAGCCAGAGUUCUCUAGAUACUAUGAAUACCUUAGAGAAGGUGGAGUGUGGGAUUUGAGAUCUAAUACUCCUGUUAUCUACUUUAAAUAG